AGUAGAGCAGGGCCCAGCACUGUGUUUAUGUUCCUGCAUAGUGAGGUCCCCAAAAUUUCCAAGGAGAAAAAAAGGAAAAGGGCCACUGGAAUGCCCUGAGUGAUGAGGCAGGAGGCCGCCCUGCUGCUGCCCGGAUUGGAGUGUUUUCUCCCAGUCAUCCCUAUAAGGCUUUAGUGGAGUGAGGCUACCGAUCUGAGUGCAGCCCAGGCUCCUUGUUUGGGAUGUGGGAGGGUGCGGUGAGCAGGGAUGGGAACUACAUAAGUACACCACAAGCCAGUGAGUGGUACACCAUCACCAAGUGGCUAAAUUCCCCCCGGCCCAGCACUGUCAGGUGAUUGUCUCCUGUAGGAGUAAGGAAGGAAAUUCGAGCUGAAAAUGUGUGACGGCGAGGAAAGCACUGCCCUUGUGUGUGACAAUGGAUCAGGACUGUGUAAGGCAGGCUUCGCUGGGGAUGAUGCUCCCAGAGCAGUGUUCCCCUCCAUAGUGGGUCGUCCCAGACACCAGGGAGUAAUGGUGGGAAUGGGGCAGAAAGAUAGUUACGUUGGUGAUGAGGCGCAAAGCAAAAGGGGAAUCCUAACCCUCAAGUAUCCUAUCGAGCACGGCAUCAUCACAAACUGGGAUGACAUGGAAAAAAUCUGGCAUCACUCUUUCUACAACGAGCUCCGUGUGGCUCCAGAGGAGCACCCCACUCUACUGACAGAGGCCCCUCUCAAUCCCAAAGCCAACAGGGAAAAGAUGACCCAGAUCAUGUUUGAGACCUUCAAUGUUCCAGCCAUGUAUGUAGCUAUCCAAGCGGUGCUCUCCCUCUAUGCUUCUGGUCGUACAACAGGCAUUGUCCUUGACUCUGGUGAUGGUGUCACCCACAAUGUGCCCAUUUACGAGGGCUACGCUCUUCCGCAUGCCAUUAUGCGCUUGGACUUGGCCGGCCGUGAUCUCACUGACUACCUCAUGAAGAUCCUAACUGAACGAGGCUACUCAUUCGUCACCACUGCUGAAAGAGAAAUCGUCCGAGACAUCAAGGAGAAGUUGUGCUAUGUGGCGCUGGACUUUGAGAAUGAGAUGGCCACUGCAGCCUCUUCCUCCUCUCUGGAGAAGAGCUAUGAGCUUCCCGAUGGACAGGUCAUCACCAUUGGCAAUGAGAGGUUCCGCUGCCCUGAGACACUCUUCCAGCCAUCCUUUAUUGGAAUGGAAUCUGCUGGUAUCCAUGAAACCACUUACAACAGCAUCAUGAAAUGCGACAUUGACAUCCGUAAGGACCUGUACGCCAACAACGUGCUGUCUGGUGGUACCACCAUGUACCCUGGUAUUGCAGACAGGAUGCAGAAGGAGAUCACUGCUUUGGCCCCCAGCACCAUGAAGAUCAAGAUCAUCGCCCCACCUGAGCGCAAAUACUCAGUAUGGAUUGGCGGCUCCAUCCUAGCCUCCCUCUCCACCUUCCAGCAGAUGUGGAUAAGCAAGCAAGAGUAUGACGAGGCCGGGCCAUCCAUUGUGCAUCGCAAGUGCUUCUAAACGAAAACUCCGACUCCCUCCUGUUCCCCUAAUUCUAUUAUUGCUUCAUAGCCUGUAAACUGUGAAUGUACCCUUUACUUCCCUCUAUUGUUUUGUCUUUGCACUGCCCACAUGUUUUAAUGUUUUGAUUUAAUUAUGUCAUGACAAUAUCGUGUUGUUUUAAAUGGGUUCAAAAGCUUGAUUGUGCUGCCUGUUUGAAAGAUUGGGGAGAUUCCUUUGAGUGGCGAGACUCCAGAGAUGAGAAGAGGGCAUUGAGGAACAGGGCUCAUUCUCCCUUUUGUGUU